UUUCAAAAUGAAACCUCAUCUGGAAGAUACUCACAGUCCAUCUUCGAUCCAAAAUAAGUACAAAGUUCAAACUGAAUCUCAUUCAAUAUGCGAUGCAAUGAUAUCUAGUGAAAUGGAGUGGCUCCUGCACUAUCUCUGGCACAAAGAAGUUGGAAAGCCAGUGAUUAAAUACAACUUUAAAAUCCCUGACACUGUCAUUUACAAAAUUUGAAGGCCAUAUGCCUGGUACUUCACCUCAAAAGAAGGUUUUAUUCUAAAGAAGACCAAGGCCAAGCUUACUCAUGAAUAUGUCUAUGAUACUUUUACCAAAAAGUUAACCAACGAUGUUGUAGCUACAGCCUAUAGAAUUGGUACUGCAAAACUAGCCUCUACCGUAACUCUGGAAUAUCUCCAUAAAAAGGAAUUCAACGAUUUUGUGUAUUUCAAUGAAGACAAGCUCCACUUAGAGAUCCUACAAAAAUUUCCUGUUUGAAAAGGAAAAUACAACGAAGUCAUUCGUUGUGAUUGGACUCCAACAAUUAACAUAGUAGAGAAAAGAUCCAACGCUAUACUUUUUAAUAAGACCAACUGAUCUCCUUACGAGAAAGUAGUCACUUACGAAGGCCCAACAGAAAUGUCUAAAUCAGAAAGUGUUGUCUCCAAAAUUCUUUUAACUGAUAUCAAUGUGGCCUGUAAAUUCAUAGCUGACCAACUUUCAUCUCAUGGAGCUUCACUAAAACAUGCUAAUUUUUAUUUCAAACUUGAUGAGAAUGAUGAACUUGUCUUAAUUUUUGCUAACAAUUUUAAGGUUGAGCCAUUCAUCAGAGUAUGAACGGGCUUCAAAGAUAUCACUUUGACCAUACCAGAUGCCGCUCUCCAGGACCUUCUCUCGAGAAGAACCAAUGAAGAAGAGGGAAAGAACAACUCGACAACCCAUUCAGAAAUAAAGAAAGGCAUAAGCACACAAAUGCAAUGCCCUUUCUGUAAAUAAAUUCAUCACAAAAACAGGGUCCUAUGAAUUCACCCUAAAAUUCAUCUUAAACGUAUACCAAUACUACAUCUCAUUACCUAAGAGCAGUUCACUCGAUGAAGGUAAAACCGUAGCUGAACCAAUUCAUCAAAUUUUCGAAUACAAAAGCUGAGUUAACAAAUAUUUACAUAAAAUAAUUGAAACCCAAACCGAAAGUGAAGCUGAAGACAACGAAGUGCAACAGGAGCCUCUCAAAUCCCAACAUCAGAAAUCUGAAGUUCCCAGAAUAAUAAAAGCUAUUUGCCCAAAAAUGGCUUAUAAGACGUACCAAAAUAAGCUGAACGACCCUAACUGGUUGUACAAGAGUAUUUUACUGUGCGACCAGUGAUACAGCUAUAUUAAAGAUAUAUCAGAUGCAAUGAUGUUUAACAAGACUCUGGCACUCUACAAAGACGAAAUUAAAAUAGAUAGCCUUAAUGACAAAACUCUUCAAGAAAAACUCAAACAACUUGAUAAUCAAAUGUAUUCCCUUGAGAAUAAUUCUGUUGAUGAAAUGAGCACGAAAAAGAUCUCUCCAGAAAGAACAGGGAUGGAGAUGCUUCACAAAGAACCACUUAACCUCAAGUACUCCAGCACCCGUAAAUUUGUACCAAAAGUUUCAGUAAACAAGAGAGAUAUAUCUGGAACUAGAAAUAAAACAUUUGGCAAAGAUGGUUUUACCCCAAGAAUCCACCAAGAGAACCAAAGAGCAUUCUCUAAAGGCUCUUUAAGAGGUACUCUAGACUCUGAAGCAGAGUCAAAUCCAGAAAUUAAAACUCUUAACAAAUGCUCAACAGCUAGAAUUCUAUUAAACCGUUCAAAGCCAAGGAUUCCAAAAUGAUUACCAAAAGGAAAGAUAAAAUCAAAUGCUCUCUUUGUUCCAACUCUCACUAAUACAUCUAAAACAAACUUUCCAGAGCUUCCUCAAAUAAUGAGAAGAAAUAAUUCAGGUAUCUUGUGCAUACCAAAGGCUUCUAAAAUUAGCAAGGAAGCCAGUUUAAUCAAAAGAAAUCUCAGAAAGCCACCUUCUGAGAAGAUAAUUGAUUACAUAUCCUUAAGCUCCAACAUUAAAGUUAAUCUGAAAAAGCCGACUUCAAGAGAAAUAUAUUCAAGUAGAUCCUCCAUAAAAGAGACUCUAGCAAAGCCAUCAACUGCAUUCAAGGCAAGAAGGAACAAAAAGGGUCUGAGCAUUAAAAUCAAGAGUAAGAGAGACACUCAAGUCAAAAGCGGGCAAAACUCAGCCAGAAAUGCCUACACUGCUUUUUCUCAAAAAAGGCCAGUUUAAUUCCU